AUGACUAUACCUGUUACCAUCGCGGCCGACGUCGUCUCUUUGCCCUCAGACUUUACUCUCAACGCCGAGACCAUCGAGAGUCUCCUCAGCUUGGUUUCUACUUUGGUGUUUGAUAUUCCAGUCCAGGGUACCUUCCACAUCUCGGCUUCUUACUGUGAGCCCGAAGUGCAUAUUCCAUCCCGGGUCGACACAUUGCAACUUCUUGUGCAUGGGGCGACUUAUACACGCAACUAUUGGUCCGGUGAUGGUGCUCCUGGAUUUGGCUACGAUGGGGACAAAUACAGCUGGGUUGCUUAUGCCUCCAAACAAGGCUACCCGACACUCGCUAUUGACCGUCUUGGGAAUGGUCUUUCUGAUCAUCCGGAUCCACUUCUUGUCGCACAGGUGCCGGCGCAAGUCGAGGUCUCCCAUGCGAUCGUACAAUUGGCUAGAACUGGCACCGCACCGUUCCCUCGUGCCUUCAGCAAGGUGAUUUAUGUCGGCCACAGCUUUGGAUCCAUGAUCGGUAAUGGUCUGAAUGUCAAGUAUCCAAAUGAUGUCGAUGCAACCGUUCUCACCGGGUUUAGUGAAAACCUCAUCACAUCAUUCGCUUCCACCUUCGCAGGCGUCGGUAUACUGCCUGCCUCGAUUGCAAACCCAGCAAAAUAUGGGGACCUCAAUCCAUGCUAUUUGCAAACCGUUAUAAAGGCAGAUGUCACCAAAGUCUUCUUUUACCCAGGAGGCUACGAUAUCGCACUUACAGACUACGACUGGACGGUGAGAGGGACUUUGUCAUGCGGAGAGGCUGUUACGGGUGUCAUUUCUAUUGGCACGGCUUCGGAAUACAACCAUCCAGUCUACGUAAUUAAUGGACAGUACGACGAGAUUUUCUGCAAUGUCCUUCCCCCCCUCACCUCUGCUGAUUGCGGCUACGGAUCGAGCAGCAUUUUGGCAAAAACCAAGACCAUAUAUCCAGCUGCUAGUGUUUAUGGCUGGUCUGGUAUUCCGGACUCGGGUCAUUGCUGGCAGCUCCACUAUGCUGCGCAGGAUGGAUUCAAUCAGACUCAUAUCUGGUUGUCAAGUGUCGGAUUCUGA